GCUUCUUAUCCCCUUCCUCAACUGCAACUGCAAUUCCCAAUUCACACUCCAACAAUUUCAAUGGCUGCCUCCUCUCUCUCCGCCACAUUCUCCGCCCUCUCCCUCAAUCCCAACCGCCACAGCCAACCCCUCUUAUUCUCCCACCGCCUCCUAUUCUCCAAUUCCAAAACCCCCCUCUCUCUCCUCCUCAAAUCCCCCCAUCCCCUCCCGCCGGCAAAGGUCGCCUCCGGCGAUUUCGAGAUCCCCUUCCUCGAAGGCGAAGAUGGCGAGGACACCGGCGCAUUCAGCCCCCCCGAGCGCCCCGAGGGCUACGUCCCGCCCCCCUCCUUCGACGACGGCCCCGCGGAGACGGAGGAGGAGAUCGCGCGCGCCUUCGAGGAGCUCUACGGCGCGGCGUACAGCGGAGAGAGCUUCCUCGGCAAUGACGUCUACGCGAUGGACUCGAUGGUGAAGAAGGCGACGGGGUUCGGGUCGAAGACGAAGAAGGAGAAGGUGAGGGAUGGAUUCGAUGAGAGAGUUGUGCAGGUUAGGAGGGUGACGAAGGUGGUGAAAGGCGGGAAGCAGCUGCAUUUCAGGGCGGUUGUGGUGGUUGGGGACAAGCAGGGGAAUGUUGGCGUCGGCGUCGGGAAGGCGAAGGAGGUCGUCUCCGCCGUGCAAAAAUCGGCCGUCAAUGCGAGGAGGAAUAUCGUCGCCGUGCCGAUGACCAAAUACAAGACGUUCCCUCACAGAUCGGAGGCAGACUACGGUGCAGCUAGGGUGAUGCUAAGACCGGCCUCCCCUGGUACGGGUGUGAUUGCUGGGGGUGCAGUGAGGAUCGUUCUGGAGCUGGCUGGUGUUGAGAAUGCGUUGGGGAAGCAACUCGGGAGUAACAAUGCGCUGAACAACGCCCGGGCCACGGUAGUGGCCGUACAGAAGAUGAGGCAGUUCAGUGAAGUCGCCGAGGAACGUGGUAUCCCCAUGGAAGAAUUGUGGAAGUGAUUUGGAUGAUUAGGAGGAAAGAAUUGUUGUUCAAGUGAUCAUUAUUUUUGCGUAUGUAGUUGCAAUUUCAUCACACUUUCUUCUUGUGUUUAUGUAAUUUUGUUAAAUGGAUUGUUCUUAUUUCGAUA